GGGGAAGUAGCUGCUGCUGCAGGAGAAGCGCGAGUGGAGGGGAAAAGGAAACCCCUCUCCUUCCAUCGUAGAGUUGCGCUCUUCGAGAGAGAGAGAGAGAGAGACUCUGCUACGCGGCUGCCCCCCCGUCAGUCCGGCUUCUGCUCUUGUCGAGGAGAGUCGUCAUGCCGAGACCCUUGCCAGCUUCGUGGCUCUGUGCGCGCGAAUUUUGACUUGCGCCGCGCGAGUGUGUUUCGUCGUUCGCACGACGACGAGGGUGAUAAUUGUAUACACUUAUCGAUUGAUGAUAUACUCCGAGGACUGCCAGCGAGUCGAGAGCACAAGCGGAAAUUUCGCAGAGGAAUCGUGUGAUAGUGUGCCGCGAGUGAGGGGCCAGGAUGAGUUACUGGAGGCUGGUACUCGUGGUGCUCGUCGCGGCGGGAAGUGGAUGCUUCGCGGCGCCCGCGACAUCGGUGCCGUCGGCUGAUCAGUGCGAUUGGACCGGAAGCGGCGGUGGCGGGAAAGGCGUCCGUCCGGUCUACCUGCGCUGUUCCCGCGGCAGCGUCUCCUGGCGCUAUCCCCGAGGUGCACUUCGCGUCGUCCUCUCGGCUAGCGAGUCAUCGGGCUCCCGUGGCUUCCGAGGCUGCGUCAAGGCUUCCGGUCCGGGACGCGUCUACCUCGAAGGCAAGUCGAGUCUGCGACUGAUCUACGCGCCGGGUGACGGCAAACACGAGGCCCUCCACCGAUGCUUCAGGUCGCGGGGCCAGUUGGCUGCCCUGUACGUCGAGGCUGACGAGCUCUCCGGUGGACUGCAGAACAAGCCCAAGUUCCGACUGCACUACGACCUCGAACUGGAGCCUCAGCGACGACACAGGCUCGAGGAGGAAGAGGAGUCCGAGUGCAGGCCCUGCAGCAAGGAGGAGCUGGCCAAAGCCUACUGCCAGAGCGAUCUGGUGGCCAGGGGCACCGUUAGCGCCGUCGAGAGAAGGCCCGAGCUCGAGAGCGCCGAGCUGCUGCUCAGGGUUACCAAGACCCUUCGCCGCGUCGAGGAGAAUGAGGAGAACGAGCUGGACUCUGUGGAGCCUCGGCUGAUGAAGGAGGUUCGCAUCAGAGUGCCGACCGUCUGCGACGCGAGACACGGCCAGGGCGAGUUUGUGAUAAUGGCCAAGAAGCGGCUGGGCGACCUCAGCCUCACCUGCGCACCGAGACUCGAGGAGUGGGCCGAGGCCGUGAGGGAGAUGGAGAGCGCGCCGUGUGUACUCAGGAGCUAGCAUUGAUUCGACAUCGGCUCCGGAUGUUCCUGCGCGCACUCGCAAUUUCCGAUCGCCUCCCCGUCGGUAUCCGCGGCGCGUGAAACGCUGUAGAGGAAAAAACGGGUUGUUGACAUUUUGUUUUUGUUUGAUAUAUAUGUACUCCCUCGGAUACUCGCUGCGCGCGAGCUGUCUUCUUCGAAACCAGCUCGCACUGAUCAGCAGGCCGCGACCGGUUUCAGAACUCGGAAGCCCGUGUAAAAGCCUCUCUCCUUUUUUUUUAUUCUUGUUUGCGACAAAGCGUUUAUAUAUUAUAUAUAUAUAGAGUCUGUAGAAAAAAAGGGAAAGCAAUGUAAAUAGCUGUACAUACGUGUGCUGCUGCAGCCUGUAUAUAUACGUAUGUUUGACAUUGGAUGUACUUCGAAAAUAAGACAUCGAUCUCCGAACUGUGAUAUUACUGUAUUAUGAGAGAUUUAAAAAAAGAAACGGAUUUAUCGUCGUUUAUAUACGGAUGAAAUAUUAUUAUAUACAAUCAAUAUCGAUGUGUUGUUUAGAUUUUAGGUCGUGUGGAUCGCGGCUGUCGAAGCCUGCAAUGGUCCACAUAUCGGGAUGUGAUGAAAAACGAUUGUACGGUUAUAACAGAAUUUUUUUCUAUAAAAUGUAUUUAAUUAAUAAAUCUUGAUUUCGUAGAAAUGUA